AUGAGCGUGUCUAGCGUGCUUGGGAAAGGUGGACAUCAGAUGCUUGUGGCGCUCAGUUGUCUAUUUUUGGUUGUGACGCGGAGCGGAGCAGUUUCCAGAUGUGUGGACCACGCCUGUAGUCCACCCAUAGGGAACCUGGCUGUCGGUAGGACCCUCACCACCCACUCAGGCUGCUAUGGGAACAACUCCCUCUCCCACCCUCCCGUGACACCCCACAUCUGCCCCGAGGACAGCCACCCACCUGCUCACAUGACCGACGACCCUUUCUUGAAUCCGAACACCUGGUGGGCAUCAGGUGCAGGUAGCGCCUCGGAGGAGGAGCAGCAGGACGAGAUCCAUUUGGACCUGGAGACGCAGUUCUGUCUGUCUCAUUUGGUUUUGGUGUUCAGGUCCCCCCGGCCUGCUGCCAUGGUUAUUGAACGUUCAACUGACUUUGGAAAGAACUGGGAAGCUCUCAAGGUCUUUGCACACAACUGCAGCAUGGAGUUUGGGUUGACUGAUGAUUUUAUUCAGCCAGGCUCUUUGUGUACAUCCCGUUAUACCAGCGCGACACCCUGCAGUGGUGGAGAGGUAAUAUUACGGACACUAGACCCCAGCAGUGCAAUGACACUGGACCCCUACAGUCCAGAGGCCCUCGCCCGCCUGACCCUCACUAACCUCCGCAUCAAACUGCUUAAAGCUCAGACCUGUCCUGCACCUCUGAACCUCUCGAAGGAAGCAACAAGCACCACGGUCUCAGCUCCCACCUCCACAUCCACUAUAGAAAGCUCAGCCUCAGCACCUUAUGCUAUUUAUACAUUACUGUCCAGAGGGACCUGUCUGUGCCACGGACAUGCCGAGCAUUGUGUACAACACAACAGCAGCCAGGAUACAAGACAGGACGGUAACAUGGUGUCCGGUAGGUGUCUGUGUACCCACCACACAGCAGGAGAUCACUGUGAGAAGUGUGCCCCGCUCUACAAUGAUCGUCCCUGGAGGCCCGCCAAUGGCAGCAGCAAGGAUGCGAAUCCUUGCCAGAAGUGCGAGUGCCACAGUCAUGCGGAUAGUUGUCACUUCUCCCAGCGAACGUGGCUUUCCUCCGGCGGCACCAACGGGGGUGUUUGUGAUGACUGCAGGCACAACACUGUUGGGCGCAGGUGUCAGCGCUGUCGCCACGGCUACCAUCGGCACCCAUCCCUGCCUCUCAACUCCCCCCACGCCUGCACACGCUGCUGGUGUGAUCCACAGGGCUCUUUGCCUCCUCGUCCUGGAGAGGAGGGACCCUGGUGCCACCCUCGGAGUGGACAGUGCAAUUGUAAAUCUGGUGUAGGGGGCACAAGCUGCAGUCACUGCCUGCCUGGACACUGGGGCUUCGGAGUAGAGGGUUGCAAACCCUGCGUCUGCCCUCACAGCUGUGAUCCAACCACUGGGCAGUGUCUGGACAGCUAUUCAAAUAAUCAGGUCUUCAAUGUACCCAUCGGUGGAAAAAUCCCUGAUCUGGAUCAUAUGUUCACAAAUGAAGAAGAGGUGCAGUGGUCAAAAGAGCUUGCAGUCUCUGCUCUGCACUAUACAGGAAAGUGCAGUUGUAAGGAGAAAAAGCUAAGAAGUGUAUCUGACCUCUGCAAGACCAAACACGACUACGUGAUCAAGGCGAGUGUGCUGUCUGCUCAUGAUAAAGGCAGCCAUGCAGAGGUGCAGAUUAAAGUGCGCAAGGUCCUACGAAUGGGCCAGGUGCCACUGUACUUGGGGACAAUCAGCAUCUAUCCUCUGUCCUGGACCAGCCGAGGCUGCACCUGUCCAAUCCUAAACCCUGGUAUGGAGUACCUGCUAGCAGGCCCAGAAGAGGCUGGGACAGGCCGAUUGCUGGUCACCAUGCAGAGCGUGGUGGUCCCCUGGACACCCCGACUGGGUCUACUUAUAUCAGAGGGCCUUAGAAAUGGAUGUCCAUGA